UCCCGGGAGCGGGAGAGGGCCCUGGAUUACUACGGGCUGUACGACGAGCGCGGCCGCCCUUACAGCUACCCCAUCGUGGCCGAGGAAGACCUGAUGCCGGAGGACGACCAGAGAGCCACCCGCAACCUCUUCAUCGGCAACCUGGACCACAACGUCUCGGAAGUGGAGCUGAGGCGUGCCUUCGAGAAGUACGGCAUCAUCGAAGAAGUGGUGAUCAAGCGCCCUGCCCGUGGCCAGGGAGGGGCAUACGCUUUCCUCAAGUUCCAAAACUUGGACAUGGCGCAUCGGGCCAAGGUCGCCAUGUCGGGCCGCGUCGUCGGCAGGAACCCUAUCAAAAUUGGCUAUGGGAAGGCCAACCCGACCACCAGGCUGUGGGUGGGAGGUCUCGGGCCGAGCACUUCCCUGGCCGCCCUGGCGAGGGAGUUCGACCGCUUCGGCAGCAUCAGGACUAUUGACUAUGUGAAAGGAGACAGCUUCGCGUACAUCCAGUACGAGAGCUUGGACGCUGCCCAGGCCGCCUGCGCGCAGAUGAGAGGCUUCCCUCUGGGCGGACCGGAGAGGAGGCUCCGAGUAGAUUUUGCCAAAGCAGAAGAGACGAGAUACCCGCAGCAGUACCCGCCGGCACCGCUCCCCGUGCACUACGAACUGCUCGCCGACGGGUACGGCAGACACAGAAGCCUAGAGCAAGACUUGAGGGUGCGAGACAGGACUCCUCCGCACCUCCUGUACUCGGACAGGGACAGGACCUUUGUCGAGGCAGACUGGGCCAGCCCCGCCAAAAACACUGAACGCAGAAACAACUUGGAAAGCUACAGCCGAUCGGUGCGGAGCCGGAGCGGAGAGCGCUGGGGCAGCGACAGCGACCGCAGCGUGCCCAAGCCGUGGGAAGAGAGACGGAAGCGCCGGAGCCUUUCCAGCGACCGCGGGAGGACCGCGCACUCGCCUUACGAGGACAGGAGCAGGACGAAGGCCAGUGGGCCAGCUCUAGACCGCAGCCCCGACAGGGCUCGCAAGGAGAAUCACACUACAGAAUCCGGCGCCGAGAAAGAGCAGAGUAACUCCCUUCAGAACAAUCGUCACUCGACUGAGGAGAAAGCCCAUCGCGAGGCAUCCGACGCUCCCCAGCCUAAAAAAAGGGACAGCGAACGCAAUCAUCGAACUGGUGAAUCGGAAUCAAAAACUCACGAGGAGCAAAAAUCUGAGACCAAAAAGCUAAAGAAUUUAUCAGAAUAUGCCCAGACGCUGCAACUCGCUUGGAACGGGCUUCUUGUGCUUAAAAACAGCUGCUUCCCCACCUCUAUGCACAUCCUGGAGGGAGACCUGGGCGUCAUCAACGGACUCCUUAAAGACCAUUCAUCCGGCGGGAAGUUAACGCAGCUCAAAAUCGCCCAGAGACUUCGGCUCGACCAGCCCAAGCUGGAUGAAGUCACUCGCCGUAUCAAACAAGGCAGCCCCAACGGCUACGCCGUGCUCCUGGCCACCCAGUCCGCCCCGGCAGGGGCCGAGGGGACCUUCCCUGCUGUGGAGCCCGGCUUGCAGCGACGGCUUCUCAGGAACCUGGUCUCCUACUUGAAACAGAAGCAGGCUGCUGGGGUUAUCAGCCUGCCCGUGGGAGGGGCGAAGGGCAGAGACAGCACAGGCAUGCUUUACGCGUUCCCUCCUUGUGAAUUCUCUCAGCAGUACCUCCAGUCAGCACUAAGGACAUUGGGGAAGUUAGAAGAAGAGCAUAUGGUGAUAGUUAUAGUCAAAGACACUGCCUAGCCCACACUGUCUUUUCAGAUCCCAUGUUUUCUUUGUGUGUCACACAACCCGGUUGUUUUUAAGGCUGAUCAUUUUGGUAGAGGCUCAAAACACCUCUACCAAAGUGGUAAGAUUUUUUAGUUUCGACUUAAUUUUAAUACCAUUUAAAUAGAGCCCAUUUUAUUCGUUUUUAAUAUGUGACACUGUCCGCUGUUGUUCUGUAUUUUUAUUUUUUAACUGUAUGAAAAGUUGUCAGUAAAGCCUUGUUCACUGAUGGAUUUCUAAA